GGCCACCCAAGAGCACCCGCCCCGAGCACACAACUGCGAGCACCCAUCACGCGCUCCUUCAUCCUGUCAGAACGAGCCGGGGGACAGCAGCAGCAUGCAGGCCAUCAAGUGUGUGGUGGUGGGAGAUGGAGCUGUGGGUAAGACCUGCCUCCUCAUCAGCUACACCACCAACGCCUUCCCUGGAGAGUACAUCCCCACCGUGUUCGAUAACUACUCUGCCAAUGUGAUGGUGGACAGCAAACCCGUGAACCUGGGUCUUUGGGAUACAGCAGGACAGGAGGACUACGACAGGCUCCGCCCCCUGUCAUACCCACAGACGGACGUGUUCCUCAUCUGCUUCUCCCUGGUGAGCCCCGCCUCCUACGAGAACGUCAGAGCCAAGUGGUACCCAGAGGUGCGGCACCACUGCCCCUCCACACCCAUUAUCCUGGUGGGCACCAAGUUGGAUUUAAGGGAUGAGAAGGAGACCAUCGAGAAGCUCAAGGAGAAGAAGCUGGCCCCUAUCACCUACCCCCAGGGCCUGGCUCUGGCCAAGGAGAUUGACGCCGUGAAGUACCUGGAGUGUUCGGCUCUGACACAGCGUGGUCUGAAGACAGUGUUUGACGAGGCCAUCCGUGCCGUGCUGUGCCCACCACCAGCCCGUGCCAAGGGCAAGAAAUGUGCCCUGCUCUGAGCGCUACAGUAGCUAAAGUUAGAGAAACUGCUGAUGUUGGAAGAACAAAUUUAGAUUAUAUUUUCUGUAAAGUUGCUUUUAUAUUUCAUUUUGUCAAAAAUAAUAAACAGUCUAAAGUCAAAGUAUUUAUUGACAACAGUACACCUUAAAUGAAAUGGUGCCUUCAUCUGUACCACUCUGCUGAACAUGAAGACCUGAUCAAAUGGAUGGAGUGUGCUCCCUCAGAGGGCCUGUACCACAUACUGUCUGUGGCUUUUACACAAUAAUCAUGUGUCAGUAUUUUGUGUGCUUCAUUAAAACAAAUGAACAACUCAA